AUGGGAGAUUAUGAAGUUUCUGAAGGAAUAGGUGAGGGAGAAGAAGAGGAAGAAGAGACUCCAAAAACUCCAAAAGAGCAAUUAUAUCGUAUGCUAGAAACCUAUAGAGCUGAAGAUCUCGUAAAAUUAAACCUUGCUGCACACUCUUUACUAAAAGAACAAAAAGAAGCCCUUAAAAAGCCUCAAGAUUUUGACUGGGAACCUUUUCAAAGAAUUGGGGAGUAUCAAGAAAGGCUAAAAAGUAUUGCAAAAAGAAUGCAAGCAGCAACUGCAAGAAGCAGCGCUAUAAAAGACAGAAUGCAAAGAGCUUUAAAGGCAAUUGAAGCCAAAACAAAUAUGAAUUUAAAUGAAAGCUAG